GUGGGUAAAUUGGUCUAACACGUAAUUUUGACUUCCUGGAAUCCAAACCAUCUAAUCUUGAAUAAAAAUUUCGACGACUUUAGUUUGUCUAUUGGUUUCCCUCCAUAUAUAAAAGGAUACGACUUUUGUUCUUCCAAUUAAGUAACAGAUAUAAUUACGUAUAAAUUCAGCAAAAAAAAAAAAGAGUAGCUGAAAAUCGAAAUCUCAUUAGCCAUCAAAAUAUCUAUCUAUAGAUUUGAUUAACACAUUUCUUUUUCAUUUUCUGUUUGGAGAAACCAUGGUCGAUCUUAUUUACAUUUUAUAUAUACACAUCUAUAUAUACAUUAUACAUGCAUGAAUAUUUAAACACGUAUUUCCAGGAGAGGCAAGUUGUAUAUUUUAAUAAUGCAAUUUAAUGCAAAUAGCUUGUACGGAGUAUUAUAAAAACAUGCACUUGCCAAAAGUAUAUGUUAUAAAAAAAAACGAAUCAUUACAAAAAUAAAUAAAAGUAUAGUCCACUUGGCAAUAUUAUAUCCAUCCCACUUGCUCUUUUUCUUCUGACAAAGCAGCCACGGGGCCCAACUCUGAUGACAUGGCUUCAUUAUAGUCACUAUUUUGAUUUUUGGAUACGCCUACUUGUCAUUAUAAAUAAUAGAUUUAUUACUCUAUUGUUGGUUGCAAGUAAUAAUCUAGUAUUAUUUUUUGCGCAAUUUGAUCUUCGGUUCAUUGCAUCCGUUCGGUUUAUUUUCCACUGUAAUCCAUGUGCGAGCCCCAAGAAAAUUUUACCCCUCUUGCAUUAUAAUAUACAUUUGUUUAUAAUAAUAAUUGGAAUUCGAAUAGUGAAUAUUUCUAAGAUUCUUUUCAUGAAUCGUUAUUCUCUGUCAAAUUGGCGAUAAAUAAAUCUAACUAGAGACAAAGGAAGGGGUCCUCGAGUCUCGAACACGACCCAUUCUCUUCUAUUUUGUAUAAAUACAUUUUAAAAACCAUACUGGUUCCCAUUAAAAUACUGAGAUUAUUACAAGUUAUAUAACCCAUUAACCCUACAUAUAUUACAUUAUAUUCUUUCUCUUUCGAUCUAAAUUUGUUGAUGGAAGAGGGAACAGGUUUUUCUCUGGGACGGCCAAACGGAGGAUACGGUGGAGGAGGAGGAGGAGAGCGAGGGCCAUCGAGGCUGAAGUCGGAGCUGAGAUUCUCCGGCGGUAGUAGUAGUAGUCAUCAAGAACAUAACUCUCUACCGCAAAUAGCAGAGGUUGAAGCGGCUGCGGCGGCUAUAAACGGUGUUGCAUCGACGAGUAUGAGUUUUGGGAAUAAUCAUAACAAUUGGGACAACUCUUCUUCUCAUAUAAGUUUCACCAUUGAUGAACCCGGAAAACGGUCCAAGACCACCGACUUUUUCACCUUAGAAACUCAGUUCAGCAUGCCGCAAACGUCUCUGGAAAUGACGAGAAUGGAGAGUUUGAUGAACAUCCCAGAGGACUCAGUGCCUUGUAGGGUUAGAGCCAAGCGCGGUUUCGCGACUCACCCGCGUAGCAUCGCUGAAAGGGAGAGAAGAACGAGAAUAAGCGGCAAGCUGAAGAAGCUACAGGAACUGGUGCCCAAUAUGGACAAGCAAACGAGCUACGCAGACAUGUUGGAUUUGGCUGUUGAGCAUAUAAAAGGUCUUCAACACCAAGUAGAGUCACUGGAAAAGGGGAUGGAGAGAUGUACUUGUGGGGCAUGCAAGAAGCGAUGAUGAAUUUUACGAUAUGUUUCCAAACAUGAUCCAAGAAAGUAUAGAAGAAAAAAAGAAACACAACAAAAAAGAUAUUCAUUAUAUAUGAUUUUGGAGGUCCAAAGAAAGUGAUGGUGAUAAAUUAAUGAAGUCUAGUUUUGGCUCAUUCUCAAAGUCUUGACCAUAAACAACUUAUAAAUUCGAUAAAUCGAAUUUUCCAAAAAAAAAAAUUAGUCAAUUUUAACUUAGAACAAACCCCAUUAUUUGAGAUUUAAAGAGAUGUGUCAUGUGUGUCUGUGUGUAUUGUAUUCGAUCCUCGUUUUGGCCCCGUGAAUUCAUUUUGUUUUACUCAUUAUGGGUUCAUAACCGGUUACAACUUAAGUGUUUAUUCUCUCAGAAA